AUGAUUCCCAAGUUCAGUUCCCCGUCAAGGGAUAAUGCCUCAAAAGAUCAGAAGAAACCAUGGGAGCGAUCUGAUUUGAGCGAAGUAAUAUAUGGCAGGUCCAGUUUUUAUAAAAAGGAUCAAUUCACCGACAAGGCAUUAGAGGGAAAUGGCUUGAUCCCUGUGACCGCGAUCAUAUUGAACUGGAAGAGAAUAGAAAGUUUACAAGUGGUGGUGAAUUAUAUAUCCAAAUAUCCAUACGUCAAAGAAAUCUUGAUCUGGAAUAACAAUGCUAAAACAUAUAUAAGACGUCAGGCAAGAAGUGUUGACAAUUUUGAACUAAACAAUACCGAUGUAAUUUUAAACGUAUUCAACUCCGACAAAAAUCUCCAUGAUCUAUCCAAAUACAUUACCUGUUCAAUGGCAAAAUAUGAUUACUGUUAUUUUCAAGAUGACGAUUGGUUGAACCUAUACAUGGACAGCACUUACACCAAUUUCAUAAGAAAUCCAAAUCUAAUCCAUUCCAACACCAUGCCAGUCAUCCAUUUAGAGCAUAGGAGGUGGACGUUCCAUAAUGCCGAUAAAAACCUUCACACCGGAUUCACGUGGUUAGGCUGUGGAUCUUUUGUUCCGCGUGAGAAGGUUCUCCGGUUUUUGGGACAGUUGGGAACAAUUCCCUUGGCGAAAGAACGCCUACGGCUAUUGGAUAUGUAUUUCUCUCUAUGGACGAAUCAGUAUCCCUAUCAACUUUCAAACCCUUUGACCCCUCUGAAUCAGAAGGAUGAUUGGGGCAAUAGCGUGGAUCAUUGGACUGUAGUUUAUGUCAACAUCGUGAGUAUCAUUGUCGUUACUAUACGGUUAUGCGUACGAGAAAACUUGCGAAGGGUUAUCACCAUUGAAGGUGGCGCACAACUUUAUUUCAUUCUUGAAGGUUUAGCCAUCAAAUCUGGAUCUGAACGAUUCAUAGGUCAAGAAGAAGAACCUUACUACUCAAAUCGGGACGUGAGGUCACCGUGCAUAAACGAUAAAUGCCUAUUUAUCACCAAUAUCGACCCAUUUCCUCAUCCUUCAAGUGUACAAUACUCCAACAACAUUACUCACAUUCACGAACAUGAAGCCAAAUUCAAUGCAUUGGACUUUCCGAGCAAUGACUUCUGGGAUAAGCAUGCUUAUCAUAAAGCCGUAGAUUUGAACUUGAGCACGUGCUGGAAUUCUUUCAAAA